GGAGGACGCAUUGGAGUCGAAGAAUUUGCAGAAUAUUUAAAGUUGCCCGUUUCAGAUGUCUUGAGACAACUUUUUGCGCUCUUUGACAGGCCCUCUGCAGCUGUUGCAGUUGCACAUUGAACCGAAAGCAUGUUUCUUGCAAAGGCCCUCCUGGAAGGGGCAGAUCGAGGCCUUGGAGAAGCUCUGGGAGGCCUUCUUGGCGGAGGUGGCCAGCGAGGAGGCCGAGGAGGAGGCGGCGGCGGCGGCGCUGGCGGCCUGGGAGGGAUAGUCGGAGGCAUUGUGAACUUCAUCAGUGAGGCUGCGGCUCAGUAUACCCCAGAGCCGCCUCCCCCGCAGACGCAUUUCACGAACGUGGAGGCCUCGGAGAGCGAGGAAGUGAGGCGGUUUCGGCGACAGUUUGCACAGCUGGCCGGACCGGACAUGGAGGUGGGUGCCACCGACCUGAUGAAUAUUCUCAACAAAGUCCUCUCUAAGCACAAGGACCUGAAGACCGACGGCUUCAGUCUCGACUCCUGCCGGAGCAUCGUAUCGGUCAUGGACAACGACGCGAACGGGAAGCUGGGCUUUGAAGAAUUCAAGUACUUGUGGGGCAACAUCAAGAAGUGGCAGUGCGUCUUCAAGCAGUACGACAGGGACCACUCCGGGUCUCUGCGGAGCCCUCAGCUGCGGGAGGCGCUGCAGGCAGCCGGCUUCCAGCUGAACGACCAGCUCUACCGGAUGAUGGUCCGCCGCUACGCGGAGGAGGACGGGGGCAUGGAUUUCAACGACUUCAUCAGCUGCCUCGUGCGCCUCGAUGCCAUGUUCCGUGCCUUCAAGGCUCUGGACAGAGACGCGGAUGGCCUGAUUCAGGUGUCCAUCCAAGAAUGGCUGCAGCUGACCAUGUAUUCCUGAAGGGGGCGCUGCAAAGUCAGGACACUCGCUCAGAGCCUCGCCGUCCACACUGCUGGUACCUGUCCACCAGCUGCUGUUUCCUGUCGAGCCGUUUCACACCCCUACGUAGUUCUGAUCGUGGGCACCUUUCCUGCUUUCAUUAAAACACGUUAUUUUUUUUUCCAUGAAAAUUGUGCCGAGUGUUGCUGUGUCGUCUUUCUCAGAUACUGGGUUUGUAUGGACUUAUUUCUACAUGGGAUGGGGAGGAGUGCGUUCCAAGGGAGUAGACUUAAGGGUUGCUGCUUAUUUAGUGAAUGAACUUCUCGGAUAAGAAUGCUAUCAUUGUUAUUGUUUAAAAAAACUUCAAAAUGUAAACCUUGGAAUAAGUUAAGAAAGCAGUGAGGAGAUCAGUUUUUCCCUUUCAAAGGGUGAAGAGAGAGGUUCAGAGUCUGUUUUUCUCAUAAUUUCACAUCUGGUCUUUCUAUUAUGUUAAAAAAAAAGGUGCUUUCCAGAAAGAACAUUUACAUAGAAACAGGCUCAGAAAUGUGAAAUAAAGCAGUUUUAUAUAAGGGCAGCACUUUUUAAGAUGGUGGUGUAACUAUUUAAAAUUCCAGAAUUCUUUGAUCGUGUUUCUCUAGUAAAAUAAGCAUAUUGUGAUUUUGUUUUGCUAUAUUUGUAAAGAGGAUUGAGGGCAUUUGGGGCGGAAGAUGGUA